AUGGCCCAACCUCGAUUAUACAACUCACCUGAAGAAAAGGUGAAAGCUGCUCGCAAAAAUACGAAAUCUAUAGACCAAAAACUAUUCGCAGUCAUCGGUCACUCAUCCCACGAGUUUGUAGAAGGUCUAUGUUGCGUGUUGAUCAAGUGCGAGGAGUCUGAAGUGCAGAAUGCACUCAUAGAUAUCCUUGCAGCGCUUGAUAUAAUUGAGGACUUAGAACAAGAGGUGCACAAGGUUGGAACUGCAGUACUCACACGCGUGCGAGAGGUCAGGGUCUCAUUACAAGAUAUCAUUGUGUGGGUUAGGAUUGAUAUGGAUGCAUUGGAGGAGGCAUAUGAAAAGGGGGAGAUAUAUUACCAGUACACUGACAAAAUGACAGAGAUAUUCCUCGAGCUUCUCACUGCAGUCAACGGCGAGAGUGUACCGUAUGAUGAUAAAACGUCCAGCAAGCACUAUGCAUAUGCCACCCUUUUUGGCAAGUUGAAUGCGAUCAUAGAAUUUGAGAAUGCUGUGAGAUCGAUGGCGGACGAGUCUGUCCUUCAUGUCUACAAGGCUGUUUUCUAUAACAUUCCAGUACAAGUCAAACCCUCUCAAAGCAUCUUCUAUGUCACCUGCGGGGCUCACAUCGGUGUAGUGGCAGGCUGGGAAAAUGUACUUAACUGCGUUCUGGGUGUCACUGGUGCUGUUUACCAUGGUGUUGAUUCUAUUGCAAUUGGGGAGGAAAAUGUCAGGAUUGCAAUUGAUGAAGGACGCAUUCAGAUGGUGGAACCCUGGGCCUUCCCUGAGUAA